GGAGGAGGGACCGGGCCGGGGGUGGAGGAAGAGGCCUCGCGCGGAGGAGGGAGCAAUUGAAUUUCAAACACAAACAACUGCACGAGCGCGUACCCUCUGCGCCGGAGCUUUACCCGAUCCGCGCCCGCCCCGUCCGUGCGGCGCGCGGGUGGAGACGCAGUGGCCGCGCGGGAGCUCCGGUCCGGGGCCACCAUCGAGGCGGGGGCCGCGCGAGGGCCGGAGCGGAGCGGCGCCGCUACCGCCGCACGCGCAAACUUGGGCUCGCGCUUCCCGGCCCGGCGCGGAGCCCGGGGUUCCCGGAGCCCCGCCAUGUCGCGAUCCAACCGGCAGAAGGAGUACAAAUGCGGGGACCUAGUGUUCGCCAAGAUGAAAGGCUACCCACACUGGCCGGCCCGGAUUGAUGAGAUGCCCGAGGCUGCCGUGAAAUCAACAGCCAACAAAUACCAAGUCUUUUUUUUCGGGACCCACGAGACGGCAUUCCUGGGCCCCAAAGACCUCUUCCCUUACGAGGAGUCCAAGGAGAAGUUUGGCAAGCCCAACAAGAGGAAAGGGUUCAGCGAGGGACUAUGGGAGAUUGAGAACAACCCUACUGUCAAGGCUUCUGGCUACCAGUCCUCCCAGAAAAAGAGCUGCGUGGAAGAGCCUGAGCCUGAGCCUGAAGCCACAGAGGGCGAUGGUGAUAAGAAGGGGAAUGCAGAAGGUAGCAGUGAUGAGGAAGGGAAGCUGGUCAUCGAUGAGCCAGCCAAGGAGAAGAAUGAAAAGGGGGUGCUGAAGAGGAGAGCAGGGGACCUGCUAGAGGACUCCCCUAAACGUCCCAAGGAGGCAGAAGACCCUGAAGGGGAAGAGAAGGAGGCAGCCACCUUGGAGGGUGAGAGGCCCUUCCCUGUGGAGGUGGAGAAGAAUAGCACCCCCUCUGAGCCAGGCUCUGGCCGGGGGCCUCCUCAGGAGGAAGAAGAAGAGGAGGAGGAGGAGGAAGAGGCUGUCAAGGAAGAUGCUGAGGCUCUGGGCGUCAGAGAUCAUGAGAGCCUGUAGCCACCAAUGUUUCAAGAGGAGCCCCUACCCCGUUCCUGCUGCUGUCUGGGUGCUACUGGGGAAACUGGCCAUGGCUUACAAACUGGGAACCCCUUUCCCACCCCAAGCCCCUCUCCUCUUCCAUUCACUUUCCCCACUCCAAACCCAUCAUCCCUAGAAAUUGACUUGGAUGGGUUAGGCCACCUGGCCCUCACCUCUAGGUUCCUACACCUCUGUGAUCUGAGUCAGGGACGUGUCCUCUGCUCCCUGGGAUGAGAUAAGGCCAUUGUGUUUCUGCUUGGAGCUGUUUUCUAGCUUCUUCUGAGGCCUAGACCAGCUGUUUCCACCUCCCGACACCCUUCUCCCUCCCUAGGUUUGGAUAAGAGACAGGAGUGGAAAGGAUGUAGCAUAAGUAGCAGGAUGGGCUUCUGGGUCCUAGGAGGGACAAUCCUCAAGUGUAGUGGGGGGUCUCGUUGGAGGGUGGCAUUGUCUUGAGCUCAUGUCCUCUCCCACACCUAUUAUCCCAGCUUCAUGGAUUCAUAGAAACUGGGACAGCCUGUGGAGGAGGAGCUCCCUUCUAUAAAUUCUCAAUGAUUGACAACACACAUUCUUCCUUUUGCCCACCCCAGGAGUUUUGGGAGUUGUAGUUUAUCAUCAAAAGAUUUAGGGGCUUCGCAGUUGUUUGGUCCAAGGAAAUCUGAAGGGUUAACUCUUACCCAUUUGGAUGGGAGUGUUGGGGAGUAUCUGUCCCCUUUUAGAUCACUGGAGCCAGAGAUGAGAUGCCCUGGAGAGACCCCUCACUGCCUUUUUCCUUUCCCACACUGCUCAAGGCCAGGUCUCAGUCAUGUAUCACCCAGACAUAAAGGAAAAGAUACAUUUUUUAGGAAAUGUUUUUAAUAAAAGAAAAUUACAAAAAAAAUUUUAAAGACCCCCUAACCCUUUGUGUGCUCCUCAUUCUGCUCCUUUCUUCCCCACUGUCACUCCCAUUUCUGAGGUGCACUGGCAGGUUCCCCUUCUAUUUGGGGCUUGAUGACUUUCUUUUUGUAGCUGGGGCUUUGGGUUCCUUCCAGUGUCAUUUCCUACCUACACACCCGCCCUGGUCCCCUCAGUGCUGUCACCAGAUUAAGACUUGUAACCAGCUGAGAGGACAGAGGGAAGUAAGUGCCCUCUCCCAUCCCCUUCCCAGUGGUCUCUCCAUGCUUCUCUUGUCUCUUUUACCUUGGCCCCUCUCCCUUGGGCUCUGAUGAAAAAUUGCUGACUGUAGCUUUGGAAGUUUAGCGCUGAGAACCGUAGACGAUUUCAGUUCUAGGAAAAUAAAACCCGUUGAUUACUA